AUGUUUGAGUCCGUUGUGGCUACCUUACUCAAUCGGUUUCUUGGCUCGUAUAUCGAGAACUUCGAUACCAAACAACUCAAUAUUGGUAUAUGGUCUGGUGACGUGCGACUCAAGAACCUUAGACUCAAAAAGGAGUCCCUAGACAAGUUCAAGUUGCCUGUUGAUGUGAAGUUUGGCCAUUUGGGAGAGCUUACUUUGCAGAUACCAUGGUCAAACUUGAAAGGAAAACCAGUUAAAGUCAUCAUCGAGGAUGUCUACCUUCUUGCUUCUCCCAUCAUCAUCAAUGAAUUUGAUCCAGACGAGGACGCUGCAAGAGAGCAGAAACUCAAGCAAGAAAAAUUGCAAGAUUUAGAAGCCUUGCAGAGCGCAUUGACAUCUAAUAUGGGUGCUGCCGGCGGCAAAAACGAGGGUGCUUCCAAUGAGUCCUUCACGGAAAGCUUGGUCACCAAGAUUGUUGACAACUUGCAAGUCACCAUCAAACACAUCCACAUUCGUUACGAGGAUGAGGGUGUGUUGACAGAGAGCCCUUAUGCAUUGGGUCUCACCCUCGAGGAAUUGUCUGCUGUGUCUACAGACCUAAAUUGGAAUCCUAGCUUCAUUUCCAUUACACAAAGCCUCACAAGAAAGUUGCUCAUGCUCAAGAACUUUUCCUGUUACAUGAACACCGAAAUGAUCUCAAUCCUAUCAGAAAAUCCAGAUGAAGUUCUCGCGGCUUUGAAAGCAUCAUUUGUAUCGGACUCAAAGCAGCAGCACCAGCACCUUCUCAAACCUGUGUCAGGUGAGGGAAGACUUACGGUGUACAAGACAGGUGCCACAGAGUCACAUCCGCAUGUCAAUACCGAAUUGUAUUUUGACGAGUUCGGCAUCGAGUUCGAUAGCAGCCAGUACAGAGAUAUAUUGUGGACUGCUUCGAGGCUCCAUUGGUACCAGAAGACCUGGAAGUUUCGCAAAUAUAGACCACGGGUGCCCGUGGAUGAAGACCCUAAGCAAUGGUUUAGAUACACAAUCAAGAGUAUUCUUGGGGAAAUUCACGAACGUAACUACAAAUGGAGCUGGGAAUAUUUCAAAAAGAGAAGAGAUCAAAGAAAGAGAUACAUUGUUCUCUGGAAGAGCAAGCUUCUCAAAAAGAAUCUCUCCGAAGCUGAUAACAUAUCGUUCGAAAAGUUGGAAUGGGACCUUCCUUAUGAAGAUAUUCGGUUCUACCGUUCUCUUGCAAGAAGCGAGAUCAAGAAAGAGAACUUGUCAGCACCACCUUCUACACCACAAAAAUCAUCUGGUGGCGGCUGGAUUUCUUCAUGGUGGUACGGCAACAAGGCCAAGGAAACUAUGGAGGCUCCGUCUGAAGAAGGUGGCUUGAACGUAACCUUGACAGACGAACAACGGAAAGCACUUUAUGAUACCAUUGACUUCAACGAGGACAACAUGCUUCGCGACGCUGUCAGUAUUCCACGCGACAGAACUACUGUCGAGGUUUUCAUGACCGUCAAGAAGGCAGGAAUAUCACUUAAGCCAAAGAAGCUUGGUUCUAAUCUAGCGGAGGUCAUUGUGGAGGGCUGCCAGACUCAAUUCUACCAAAGACCAGAUUCAUUCCUAGCCAAUUUCCAAAUGCAAGAACUCAAGGUCGAGGAUGGUACUUCCAAAACGUUAUACAAACAUAUCGUCAGCGUCAAACAUGUCCAUUCUGACCUUCACUCAUCCAAUGAGUCGUUCUUUGAUGCUUCUUCUUCCCUUGACUCAAAUAAAGCCAAUCCUUUUUUCAAGGUUUCUUUUGAGAACAAUCCUUUGGACGGUAGCGCUGAUUCAGUCCUUCUUGCGAAAUUGAACUCGAUGACAAUCUUCUACAACGCAUUCUUUAUCGAGGAGAUUAUAAAGUUUUUCAAGCCGCCAAAAAUCCAUCUUGAUACGAUCGGAGCCAUCAUGAAUGCUGCAGAGGCUACCAUGGAAGGACUCACAACACAAACGAGACUUGGUCUUCAAUAUGCUUUAGAAGAGCACAAGACCGUCAACGUCAAGCUCGACCUUCAAGCUCCUUUAAUUAUCUUACCCCUCGACCCUACGAGUUGGAAAUCGCCAGUCGCUAUCUUAGAUGCUGGUCAUCUCAGUGUUACUAGUAAUUUAGUCGAUAAAGCGACUAUAGAAGAAAUCAAAGCAAAAGAGAAUUAUGACAAUGAAGAUUGGGGAAAACUCAAGACGCUCAUGUAUGAUCAAUUUAACCUUCAUCUUCAGGAUGCACAAUUUUUGGUGGGCUCCACUAUCAAGGACACAAUGGAGCAACUUCAUGCGGAGACUUCUAAGCAAUCAGCUGUGAUGUUAAACAAUCUCGACAUCAAGCUCAAUUUGGGAAUAUCAAUCAUUCCUGAGGCUACAAACUUAGCCCGUUUCAAGGUUGGUGGCGAAAUUCCACGCAUACACGUUGCCAUGAAUGACUUCCAAUACAAGACCGUCAUGAAGCUCAUUGAUACGCUCAUCCCCGAUUUGGAUGGUUUAGAAGGGGAUGACAAUAGUGUCUUUCAUGCGUUUGGCCAGGGUAACGAUCAAUAUAAACUUGAGGACGUUGAAGACCCCGUUAACACACUUACAAAUCAAAGAAGGUCAGAUAACCAGCAGCAUAUGUUCGAAAUGGACUUUAUGGUUGGACGGGUUGAGCUAUCACUCUCAAGAUGCACAAAUGCGAUAACUCUAGAAGCUGAUCCUUUCCUCGAUCUCGUCGGAGACACGUUGAACUUCGCAUUCUACAAGACUGAUAACGACAUGCAUCUUGACAUGACGCUUAUUGACAUUGAUGUUAUCGACCAUAUUGAAAACUCUGGCGUCGCUGAGUUUGAAAAGUUGAUUUCAUCGAGGAAUUUUACUGAGACAGAAGCUAUAACUCGUAAGAAAAAGGAACUUUUCAAAGUUGAUCUCACAAGAACUCAAAGAAUAGUCGAGUUCAAGGGUAAUGAGAUUGAAGUAUUUGACUUGGAUGUUGUGGUAGACAUGUCUGCUGUGAAGUGCGUUGUCUCGAGAAUGUCGUAUUUGAGUAUUCUCAACUUCAUGCUCAACACCUUUACUGAUCCGAACGCAGAGGAAACUCCCGCUGAUACUUUGAAGCAUAACGACUACAGAGAUGAUAGUAUUGCACCACAAAAGAUAAAUGUCAAGGUCAACCUCGAUAGUAUCAUUGUGGUUCUCAACGAGGAUGAUCUCAAAUUGGCAACCUUGCAAUUGAGUACUGCAAAUGUCAGAGUGUUCGUGCUUCCAGAAGCUUUGGAAGUAAACGGCUCUUUAGGCGCACUUUCGUUACACGAUGAGUCAAAUCAGGGCUCCCCAAGGGAUUCGAUCUUCCGAAACUUAAUCAGUAUCGAAGGUGACAAUUUGGCAGAGUUCACUUACAAAGCUUUUGACCCUGCAGCUAAUGAAGAACCCUUUGAUAGCUACAUCGAACUAGUUACGGGAUCUUCCACAAUCAAUUUUGCGGAAGAUACUUUCGGAAAAAUAAUCAAUUACCUAAACAGGUUUGCUAAGAUGAAAGCCAUUUAUGAUAAAGCUCGUGAUGCGGCCAUAAACCAAGCAAACCAAAUAGAUGAUGCCAAUAAAAUGAAGAUCAAUGUCUUGAUUAGGGCACCAACGGUGCGCCUUCCCAAGUUGAUUGAUGCCUCGAGAGAAGAUUAUGAUGUCAUUAUAGCUGAGCUUGGUGAGCUUUACCUCAAAAAUGACUUCAUCUCUAGAGAUGACCUAACCUAUAACGUUAUGAAUGCUGGACUCAGAAAUACCCGUGUCACAUCAAUUUUUCAUCUUGGCGACAUAGUGCAGAAGAGUCAAAUGGUGGAUAACCUUGACAUCAGUUUUGACAUCGAUUACCUUGAGGACUUCCACGAGAAUAUACCUACUUUUAGAAUCAUUGGGAAUUUGCCUGAGCUUAAUUUUCACCUCUCCGAGAUUCAGUUGAACUACCUAUACAACCUACAAAACAAGCUCGGAGUCGUCUUCACCUCCCCAGGUGAGGAGAGUUCCAUGGAGGCUAUCGAAGCUGAUGCUCAGAACGCAAACGCUUUAAUGGCCCAUGAUACCUCAAUGCAUAGAGCUAAGAAUGCACAGAAAAUCACAAACCAGCCUGUCAACAAGCCAGACUUGGGGUCGCCACCGACAUCCGUGUCGUCCAAUCAUAUCAAGUUCGAUGUUGCGUUAAGAAUACCCCGAAUAUCAUUAACGAUCUACAAUAGGACUGCAAUUGUUUCUAACAUCGAUGAAAAAAGGCUCACUUCUCUCGCAUUGAAUGACUUGCGAUUGAAUUUUGUUAUGAAGGAUGACGAGAAUUUUACAUCUGAUCUCAUAGUCAACGCAUUCACUAUAAGCGAUGUACGCAACAAUUCAAAAAAUAAAUUUACAGAGGUUGUUCCCCCAGUGCAAGGCGAGAAGGAUCAGUUCAAGUUGAACGCUUCAACAGGCUCUACUGGUGUUGGAGAUAAGAAGACUACAACUGUCAUGUUGACAGUCGAAGAGCCUCUGGUAAUUUUGGCUCUCGACUUUUUGUUCGAGUUACAAGCGUUUGCUAACAAAGGCUUACAAUUAGAGAGUAUACUGCAAGAUUUGGUGGACGACGAAGACGAAGAGCAACGCCAACGUUCUAUCGGCGAAUGCUCAUCUCAUGAGGAGAAUGUGGAGCCUCCUAAUGCUAUUACAUCGUCAGUUGGCUUUUCGGUCAACAUAUUGAAGCCAUCUGUGAUUCUUCUUGCUGAUUCCACAGCUGCCGAUUCAGAGGCUUUCGUGUUCAAGAUCGAGCAAGUUCUCAUAACGAGUCAAAACAUCAUAUCAUUGGCAGCUGACAGUGUUGGGUUGUUUGUUAAGAAAAUGGAUGAUGUUGAAAAGAGACUUCGUAUCAUUGACGACUUCUCGAUUUCUUUUGCUUUGGACAGCAGAGGUUCUACUGACACAUCAUUCCUCACAAACAUCCAAUUAUCCAUAGACCCCUUGCUCAUGAGACUUUCGUUGCGUGAAAUAAGACUUGCGUUGAGAAUUGCUAAUAAAGCCAGUGAACUCUACGAAGAAGCCAUGGGAACCUCUGUCAAGUCUUCUGAACCUGAAUUUAGCAUCUCUGAUGACUUCAAGAGGAGACUCUCUCAAUAUGCCCCUAGUGUUGUCUCUAGAUUUUCUAAUGAGUCGGCAAAGAGAAGGAGACGUUCAGUCAGCAACGAGGUCAUCAUUAAGGGCGAAGAGUUCAACGCAUCCUUCGGUGGUGCACGAUUUGUUCUUAUCGGUGAUGUACAUGAGCUUCCCGUUCUUGAUGCUAAUAUGAAACCAUUUGAAACCAAAGUGUUGAAUUGGUCCACAGAUUUGAGUGCUGAGUGUCACUUUGAGCCUUACGUCAACAUAUACAAUUAUGCUAAAUCGACUUGGGAGCCUCUUGUGGAACCGUGGCCAGUAUCAGUGUAUGCCCACAAGACUCUCAUUCCGAAGCCAAGCAUAAUCGUUGAUGUAGUAUCCAGAACAAUGGCUCAGAUUACAGUAUCAUCUAGAUCAGUUGCAUUGCUUUCUCAGGUCUUUUCGUCGAUCAGUCCUGAUGGGGAAGGAAAGUCGCGUGAUGAAAUUGCACCAUACAUCAUUUUGAAUGAAACUGGGCUUGACUUGGAGGUUUGGACUGAUAGAGGUGAGGAGCUGAAUCGCAGGGUGACAUUAGUGAAAAAUAACGAAAAGAUACCUUGGGCUUUUGAGGACUGGAGAGUUAUUCGUGAACAAUUGGAUACAGAUAAUGAGAAGGAUAACUUGGGCUUGAGAUUCCUUGAGUCGUCCUACGAACCGGUGCGGAGAAUCAACGCUGCAGGCGUGGGCGAACAGAUAUUCAUGCUCAAUCCACCUAUUGAUGACGUCCAUAAUAGACUCGCAGCUGAGAUAGUUCUUGGAGAUGAUAACGUCAAAACCAUCAUAUUACGUUCUACCUUCAAAGUCAAGAAUGAUUCGGAAUCUGAUAUCAUAGUGAAAAUCGCAGAUGCAAAGAAAGGUAUCGAUUCGGAGAUUCGUGUCGCCGCAAAUGAAAUUCGAUCUCUUCCUAUCAAUGCCGUCUUUUGGGGUAGCUUGAAAAUCAAACCUCAUCUAGAGACCAACUUCAAUUGGUCGAAUGAAACCUUGCACUGGAAGGAUCUCAUGCACCAUGGAAGUGCCAUUUCGUGCUCAUCUAUUGGCAGCGGAGCAAGCUCCACAUUCUACUUCCAAGCUGAAGUCAAGUUUGACAAAGAAGAGCCUCUCGCAAGAGUAUAUCCACAUAUGACUUUGGUGAUAUCAGCUCCUCUUGAAAUCGAGAAUCUCAUGCCUUUCGAUUUCAACUUCAGAUUGUACGAUAAGAGUAGUAAGAAGGAUUGGAGUGGAACAGUGAAGAAGGGACAGAGCACCUUCGUCCAUGUUGUGACCUUGGAAGCAUUGCUAUUGAUGAGCGUCGAACCUCUCAACUGCGGAUUCGAGAAGUCAGAAUUUGCGAUAAUCAAUUCGACAAAGAGAAGUGAGUUUAAGCGAGAAACGCUUAUCAAUACGAGAAGCAAUGCGGGUAGAAAUGUGCAGCUCAAAAUGUAUUAUCCAAAGGAUAAAGUGAAGACCAACUUGAAGGUUGCAGUCUACAGUCCUUACAUAAUUCUCAAUAGGACCGGACAGAACUUGACGGUCUUAGAUAAAGCGAGCCGCUUUAAUGUUUUGGAGUCGUCGAAGGCCUUGAAUAAUCUUCCACAUAUGUUCUCUUUUGAUAGAGAUGGGGAGAGGCUGAAUAGAGCUCUCGUGAAGAUUUCGGACUCUGUCUGGUCUGCUCCAAUUUCCUUUGAUGCCAUCGGGCAAACUAUAGGUUUACUGGUCCAACUUAACAACAAGCAAACUGAAAUGAACUUUGGAGUUUCCCUCGGAGAAGGAGAGGGAAAAUAUAAGCUCACAAAGGUGGUGACAUUCUCGCCUCGAUACGUCAUAAAGAAUACACUUUCGGAACCACUUUCACUCGUUGAGAAUGGCUCUACAAAGCAAUUACUGCUCGAAUCUGGACAACUGAUGCCCCUUUAUAACCUCCAUCGUAUCGACAAAAAAAGUAUCAUGUUAAAGUUUGAGAAAGGAGGAAAGGGAUGGUCAUCUCCGUUUGCAAUUGAUGAUAUUGGCCAAAUAUACUUGAAAAUCCAAAAAGAAGGCCAGGGGCAGUCACUUUUGAAGGUCAACAUCAUGACGGAGAAUGCAACAAUCUUCAUCCUGGUAGAGAAUGCAAAUAACCAGUGGCCGUAUUCCAUCAGGAACUUCACCGAUAAUGAGCUCUACAUCUAUCAGGCAAACCCUAACAUUGACUCAAAUGGCGAGGUUGUCAAACGAGACUCUAUUUACAAACCAAUCUACUACAAGAUUCCGGCAAAAAGUGUCAUGCCCUAUGCGUAUGACUAUCCGAAUGCUGUUGUCAAAGAGCUCAUAAUCAGAGUUCGUGGCCGUGAACGAGCCAUAAACCUCGCUGAGAUCGGUAAUCUUAAACCUUUCAGACUACCCGCAACCGAAAGAGACGAUCAGAAAAUUCUCGAUCUCAAUGUAGUCGCAGAUGGACCCACUCAGUCUUUAGUCAUCUCCGACUACGACCCUGGAAUGAGCUUGUAUAAAUUGCGAAAGGCAGAAACUAACUCAACCGUCAACGAAUCCAAGCAACAGUUUGAAGUGGAUGAGGUUGAUGACAAUUACUACACGAAGAUCGUGGCACGUUUCGAGGGUAUUGGUGUCUCUUUAAUCAACACUAGAUGCCAGGAGUUAUGUUACAUAACACUCAGAGGAAUUGAGCUAAGGUAUAACGAGUCAGACUUGUAUCAGAACGUCAGUGCGAAGUUGAAAUGGAUUCAAAUCGAUAACCAGCUUUACGGAGGUAUCUUCCCAAUAAUUCUUUAUCCAACCAUAGUUCCGAAGUCUGGGAAAGAAAUGAAUAGUCAUCCGUCGUUCUCUGGUUCUAUCUGUAAGGUGAAGGACGAGUCUCAUGGCGUGGUCUUUAUCAAAUACGCUACAGUAUUACUUCAAGAGAUGACCAUGGAGCUUGAUGAAGAUUUCUUAUUUGCCUUACUCGAGUUCUCUAAAUUCCCGGGUGCAAGCUGGAAUAAUCUCAACGAAGACAAGCUUUGCGAUGAUAAUCUUGAGAUUCCAGAGCCUACGAAGUUGUCUGAUGCCAGUGAUAUCUACUUCGAAGCCUUGCAUUUGCAGCCAACUCUGACACACUUGUCAUUUGUUCGAACUGAGAGAGUGAAUGUUGAGGAUAGAACAUCGUCGCAAAAUACCAUCAUGUUCUUUGUAAACAUCCUCACAAUGGCAAUUGGCAACAUCAAUGAUGCACCUAUCAAUUUGAAUGCCUUAUUCAUUGAAAAUAUCAGGGUUCCGAUUCCAAUUUUGCUUGAGUCCAUUCAAAAGCACUAUGGUCAAUCUUUCUUCUAUCAAUUGCACAAGAUCUUGGGCUCGGCUGACUUUUUGGGUAACCCAGUCGGUCUUUUUAAUAACAUUUCCUCUGGUGUUCUCGACAUCUUUUAUGAACCAUACCAAGGAUUCGUUAUCAACGACCGACCACAAGAGUUGGGUAUAGGCAUUGCAAAAGGAGGUCUCAGCUUCCUUAAAAAAUCAGUCUUUGGAUUCUCAGACUCUUUCGCCAAGGUCACUGGAUCCAUCGCCAAGGGAUUGUCUGUUGCCACUAUGGAUAAGGCUUUUCAGGAGCGAAGAAGGCUCAACCAACGCAGAAACAAGCCUAAGCAUGCCUUGUACGGAUUUUCGUCUGGUGCAAGUUCGUUCUUUGAGUCAAUCUCUUCCGGUGUGACCGGAAUUGCAACCGCUCCAGCGGAGGGAGCAGCUACUGGAGGAGCCAAUGGGUUCUUCAAGGGACUCGGUAAAGGUGUCGUGGGUCUUCCUACCAAGACCGCUAUUGGACUCUUCGAUCUUGCUUCCAAUGUUGGUGAAGGUAUCAGAAACACCACCACUGUGUUUGAUGCUGAUGGCUUAGAAAAGGUUCGUCUUCCUAGGUAUGUCUCGCACGACGAAGUCAUUAGACCGUACUCUCUAAGAGAGGCGCAAGGCCAAUACUGGCUCAAGUCUAUAGAGGGAGGACGCUUCUUCAGUGAUACAUAUUUGGCGCAUUUGCUUUUGUCAGGAGAAGAGAAGGCUAUUGUUAUCACAUUCAAGAGGAUGAUUCUUUUCUCGAUCGACACUUUGAAAGUCAUUUGGGUGGCUAACUUUGAUCAAGUGAAGGCGAUCACAUUGGAGCCUACAGGAAUUCAUGUUAAACUCAAGACGAAAGAGGGACCUUUUGUGCCCAUUCCUGAGAAGAAUAACAGGGAGUUUUUGUAUGGAAAACUUCGUGUUGCAGUUGAUAAGUUCAACCAGCACGCCAAGGUAAUUCAGUGA